AGGCGGCGUUGGCCCCGUCAGCAGCCGAGGGGCGGUGACUGUGCUGCUGCUGCCAGCGGGGCCCGCGGCGGGCGGUGUACCCGAGGACGCGGCGCCAUGAAGCUGUACAGCCUCAGCGUCCUCUACAAAGGCGAGAACAAGGCGGUGCUGCUCAAAGCCGCGUACGAUGUGUCCUCCUUCAGCUUCUUCCAGAGGUCCAGUGUUCAGGAAUUCAUGACCUUCACAAGUCAGCUGAUUGUGGAGCGCUCAGCGAAAGGCAGCAGAGCUUCUGUCAAAGAACAAGAAUACCUGUGCCAUGUCUAUGUGCGAAAUGACAGUCUCGCAGGAGUGGUCAUUGCUGACAGUGAAUAUCCAUCCCGGGUGGCUUUUACCUUGUUGGAAAAGGUACUAGAUGAAUUCACCACGCAGGUUAACAGGAUAGAUUGGCCAGAUGGAAACCCUGCUAACAUCAACUAUGAAGCCCUGGGCUAUCACCUUAGUAAAUACCAGAACCCCCGAGAAGCUGACCCCAUGACUAAAGUGCAGGCUGAACUAGAUGAGACCAAAAUCAUUCUGCACAACACCAUGGAAUCUUUGUUGGAGCGAGGUGAGAAGCUCGAUGACCUAGUGUCCAAAUCUGAAGUGCUGGGAACACAGUCUAAAGCCUUCUACAAAACGGCCCGGAAACAAAACUCCUGCUGUGCGAUCAUGUGACCGCAGCCAGCUGAGGUCUCUGUGCUGGAACAUCACUGUCAUUCACAUCAGAACUGCAGCCCCCAGAGAAGCAGAGCCAGCUGUGGAAAGACCGGAGUGGAACAGACUCAUUUUUCACUUUGGAUCUCCUGGGAGGAACCCAGGGGUGGUGGAAGGGAUCUGGGGGUGGGGAAACGUUCAAAUUCAUAUGUCUAGUACUUUUUUGAAAGAUAAUUUGAGGCCCCCAAAGGUGUAUUUUUGGGCCAAAUGAAACCAUAAAUUCUCAGUGACCCCUGUAGAUGCUGAACGGCUCAUUCUCAGCUAACCCCCGGAAGGCCUGUGUGCCCCUAACUGUGCAGUGCCCCGGGAGGGCAGAGCCUACUCUUUAUUGAUCCUCAGUAUGCCUUUGGGUUUUAUUUGUACAUUAACUGUAUUAACACUCCAGUAAGGGGGACAGGGAGGUGGCAGGGGAGUCUGAUUACUGGGAUAGUAUGGGGCAGACCUUGAAGGAAGACUUGGUUCUCUUGGAAAAGCCACUUCCUGGCCAUUGAGAGGAUGAGGGUUGAGCCAGGACCAGACCAGCAGUUCAGGGCCAAGACCUGUGAUGGGAGGACAUGGUCACUGGGCUUCACAAAUUCUGAAAGGGUUGUUUGCAUCCCUGCUAAGGGGAGCUUCCUGCUGAGGACAGUGCCCAACACCCAGUCCCACAAAGGUGCCUGGGAGGUGUUUGAGCACGGGGAAAAGGGUCCCAACCCUGUCUUGCAGUUUAACUAUGAACAUCUGGACACGGCAAUGUGUGUUGUGGUCUCACAGCUACUUUCCAUUUGCCUCUCUGGCAUCAAGGCUGUCUUGGCAGCUACCAGGGCCUGUAUGUCUUUACAACUGGGCCUUUUCUGUAGCCAUUACUGGGUACUAAGUAGGACUCCCUGUGGUCUGAGCCCAGCCCCCCAGCAGGAGCACUGCUGAGCUGGCCCCAAGAAGCAUGAGGCCUGUAAUCUGGUCCAGCCCUGGAAGUAGACACAGAGCUGCCCAGAGGAUGCCUAAGAGGUUCUGGUCCCUCUUGGCCUGCCUGGUUCCUUGGGGGUCCUACUGCCAUCAUCUAAACCACCUCUUGGUGCCCUGCUGUGCUUCCUGAGGACAUAAGCUCAAGACGUGCCCCGAGAUUCCAUCCCCACAGAAGCCCUCCCAGGAUGGCAUCAACCUAUGUGGGCUUAUCCAUGGGGGUAGGGCACUUGCCCUGCCUGAGAAGGUCCCACAGGCCUGAAUUCCCCUGCUUGGGCCAGAAGGUGGGAUCUGCAUGACUUCCAAGGACUCCGCCUCUAACAGGUUUACCUGGCAGAUGCCCUUUUUAUCUGGGCUCUGCUGACCAAAGAACUUUGGCCUAUACCUAAAGCAGCCUGCCCAUGUAAUUUUCCUACUGCCGUAGAUACCCCAGAAAGCCCGGGCUCACCCCGCUUGCUGACAACCCAGGUGGCAGUGACCUCCCCUUAGGAUUGAUGCUGUGGGGGUAGGGAGUAAAGGUACGGACUUGGUGGGGAAGGGAAUGAGACUCUCAUGUCCCCCACUGGGCAAUAUGAGGGUGUUGGCUCAGGCCCUGCACGGGCACUGACCCUGCUCCUGUUGCAUUGUUAAGUCAUCUGGCAAAGAGCGUAUUUUAAUAACUGCUGCCUAACUUUUCUCUGUUCUGUUUGAGUUUCCUGUCUGGAUAAAGUUGUCUUCUGAAAUUUCAAAAUGGCCCUGUGUUUUGUUUGGACCUCAGGGUUUCUCGCAGCUGCAGGAUUUGGGGUAUCCCAGGAGAGAGCAUACCUUAGCCCUCCAGGAUCAAGUUGUAACCUUUUUCUCAGAACUUCUAGCAGGGACCAGGUGAGGGAGCCCUGUAAUCGAGAAGUCCCGCUCUCUGGGUCUUGUGCUGUGAUCCAAGUUGCAACUAAGACACCUGCCCGGGGCAGCUGCGUGACAGCCUCCGAGCCACAGGCCCAAUCAGGUAGACUUGGCGGGAAGCCUGAGAGGCCACCUCUGCUCCCUGGACCCAGCAGUCUGAUCCAGAAUGUGAAGAACAACCCAGUAAACUGGUCAUUUGCAGACUAUUGCCUGUUCCAUUGCAGCCAGGGCUUUGCUUUCAGCCUGUACUUGUGACUCAAAAUUGGAAGCGACUUUGGGAUUUCUGACUAUACCACGUGUACCGACUUCCUGCUUGAAGGGCCUGCUAGGUUACCCAAGGCCACGGAGCUUUGUAUAAAGUAGAUGCCUUUUAAAGUGACUUCCCUCUGCCUGUGUGUUGAUACUGCAAGGGGGGCUGGGGUGGAGAAGGGCCAGGACCUCAGCCCUGUGUGCCGUGUCUACC